CAGAGGCGCUUCCGGCGGUCCCGCAGUGAUGUCGUGGGUUCGAGCGCAGCCCGUAGCCUGUGGCCCCGGGGAGUCGGAGGAUGUGUUCGACGAGGAAGCAGACGAGUCGGUGCUGCUGCGGCGGGAAUGGCGGAGCCACAUGCAAAGACGAGUCAAGGAAGGCUACAGAGAUGGCGUAGAUGCUGGCAAAGCAGUUGCUCUUCAGCAAGGCUUCAACCAAGGUUACAAGGAAGGUGCAGAAGUCAUUGUAAACUAUGGACAACUUAGAGGAACACUGAGUGCUUUGCUCUCCUGGUGCCAUCUGCACACUCACAGUGUGAUUUGGAUCAAUAAAAUACAUACUCUUCUGGACGCACUUGGCCAGUGUGAAGCAUGUGUACUGCAGCGCCUGAAGGCCGUGGCUGCCAGGCCCCAGGUGGGAGACUUACUAGACUCAAUGGAGCGUAUGGAUCUUGGUCACGCCAUUCAAGCUGAGGAAAGGAUUGCUGAAGUUACAGAUGCAAGACUGUGUGAAUAUGGUGCUGAGUUGAACCAAAAUGUUGACAAGACUGCUGAGGGGGUAGAGCACUCACAUUUGGAAUGCUGCAGGACACAAGGGCACCCACUUCCAGAACCUCCAAGCCUCACAUGGGUUUUGGAACAGACAGCCAGUUUAGUGAGACAGCUGGGAGUACCAGUUGAUAUAUUACAGCACCUCAAACAACUGUAAAUGCCAUCUUCCUUUUUCUAGUCAAAGAGUUUCCCAAGGAGGCAGCCAUGAGCAUUGAGCACUUCACCUCUAGGGACCCUCCUGCAGGUUUAAAAUGUCCUCCACAGGAGCACAAUUAAACUAAUAUAACCUUUUUCCAUAGUGCAAUUUAUCAUAGUGUAAGAUAUGCUCAGGAAAUUCUAGUUAUUGUCAUUUUCAAAUUUCUGAUCAAGCUCUAGCAAUUUUAGAUCAUUGGCAAAUGAGAAUUAAAUAUUUUAUCCAAACUAACACUACUUCUUGUUUGUGUCAACAUCAAGUGAUCCAAAACCUCCUCACCAGCUAGUCAGACCAGAGCUGCCAAAAACAACACAAAUAGGAGCCA